GAAUUUUUUAACAAUAUGAUAUAAUUUUAUAUAAUAAUUAUUUAAUCAGUCACUGAACAAUGAAUUUGUCCUUGACUAUAUGUUUAAAUCAGCAUUUUGAUAACCCAAAAAUCUCAGGCUCAUGCAACAUUUGAUUAGGUGUUCUACGAUUUGACCCACAAUGAUGGGCGCUCUGGAAUCCCUAUCAGAAACUUUGCAGCCCUACAAAGACAAUGUAGGGCUGGUAGCCAGUGUUGUAACCAUUGGACAAUUCUUCACUGGAGGAUUCAUAUGCAAGGAUAUCUACAAACAGAAGAGUACCAAGGGAAUAGCAGCAAUUCCCUUUAUUGGUGGUCUAGUCAUCGGUGUAUUGAUGUUGAAGUAUGCUUUAUUGCUAAACGACCCUGCUAUGUUGCAAGUCAACUUGGCGGCGAUUAUUUUAAACGUAAUAUACUUACUGUUCUAUUGCUGCUACUCUCAAGACCUCGGCAAGGAGGUUUUUAAACCAUUAAGCAUAGGUGUUGCUCUGGUAGCUGUUUUUAUGGGAUAUGCCAAUGUGGAAAGUGAAGAAAAUCUUGAGUUCAGAUUUGGACUGGCUGUGACUGUUCUUAUGUUAUUGUUGAUAGGAUCUCCUUUGUUAGAUGUGGCAAGAUAUAUACAGGAGAAAGAUGCUUCCAGUAUUCCAUUCCCCAUGACAUUGAUGGGUGCUAUAGUCUCCUUCUUGUGGUUCGUUUAUGGAAUUAUAUUACUGAAUUACUUCAUGAUUGUACAAAAUCUAAUUGGUUUUGCAUUAUGUAUGGUGCAGUUGAUCCUGAUUUUUUUAUAUCCAGGAUCCCCAGAGAAGAAGAGUGAUAACCCAAAAUGUAAUCCACUGAUAAGUUGCAAAGCUGUCUGUAGCCCUAGAUCGAAUCAACGCAUUUGCAGCUGUGAAAAGGACAAUAAAUAGAUAUAAAUAAAUUUUACACAAAUUUUAUUAACUGUUAAUAUACAAUUUAUAUUUA